GAAUCAUUGGCUCUCGUGUUCUCUCUCGCGCGUGUUCGACGACUCUCUUUAGCCAUUUCGCACUCUCUUCUCUCGUCGAUGUAUCAUCAUUUCCCGAAAUAGCAGGGAAAAUAAGGCGCGUGGGUGACUGCUGCUCUUUCUUUCGCAUACUUUUUAACUCUCGCUAGUUCUUGCUCGCGUGAGCGCGUACAACGUGUAUGUGUGCGCGCCUUUUACUUAUCGUGGAAUGCGAGAGAAAGACAAAAAGUAUCACGCGAAAGAAAUAAAAAAUUAGAAGCAGAGAGAUUAAACCAUGGGCAAGGAUUACUACAAGAUCCUUGGCAUAGCCAAGGGUGCAAAUGACGACGAGAUAAAGAAGGCGUACCGUAAGCUGGCGCUCAAGUACCAUCCGGACAAGAACCGCGCGGCCGGCGCCGAGGAGAAGUUUAAGGAGAUCGCCGAGGCAUACGAGGUGCUCUCGGACGCGAAGAAGCGUGAGGUGUACGACAAGUUCGGUGAGGAGGGCCUGAAGGGCGGCGCUGGUGGCAGCGCCGGCGGCGGCGGCCAGGGCACUGGCGGCACCACAUACACCUUCCACGGCGACCCCCGCGCCACGUUCGCCCAGUUCUUCGGCACGGCCUCGCCCUUCCAGACGUUCUUCGAGUACGGCGGACCCGGCGGUGGCGCUAACCGCAUGUUCUUCCAAGACGACGACAUGGAGACCGACGACCCGUUCGGCCUGACGAGUGGCAUGCGCCAGGGCGCCGGCAUUGGGCCUGGCGGUGCCUUCCGUUCGCACUCGUUCAACUUCGCCGGGCCCACGGGCCGCGGGGCCAGUAAGGAGCGCCAACAGGACCCGGCUAUCGAGCACGACCUCUACGUCGGCCUCGAGGACAUCCUGCGUGGCUGCACCAAGAAGAUGAAGAUCUCGCGGCGCGUCGUCCAGCCCGACGGCACCACCAAGAAGGAGGACAAGGUGCUCACCAUCAACGUGAAGCCCGGUUGGAAGGCCGGCACCAAGAUCACCUUCCAAAAGGAGGGCGACCAGGGCCGCGGCAAGGUGCCCGCCGACAUCGUCUUCAUCAUCCGGGACAAGCCCCACCCGCAGUUCAGGCGGGAAGGCAGCGACAUCCGCUACACUUGCAAGCUCAGCCUCAAGCAGGCGCUCUGUGGCUGCCUGCUCGAGAUCCCCACUCUCGUCGGCGAGAAGAUCACGCUCAACCUCACUCGCGAGAUCAUCAAGCCCACCACGGUCAAGCGGAUCCAGGGCCGCGGCUUGCCCUUCCCCAAGGAGCCAUCGCGGAAGGGCGAUCUGCUCGUCUCCUUCGACAUCAAGUUCCCCGAGUCCCUGACGCAGAGCGCCAAGGACAUUCUCUUUGACACGCUACCGAACUGAGCGGCCCGCUGCGAGCACCAUUAGGAUUAAGGAUCCGUUGCCGCCGCGGCGGCAGCGCGCGUACCAGCGGGCCAGCACGCAAGUUUGACACUGAUCGCCACUCAUUAUGGACGAUCGGUUUUUUUCUACUACCCUCGGUGUGCUCGUCGUCACGCACGAGGCGUGUCUCGCGAACAGACUCGUGUUUACUCGCCCAGGCGUCUUGAGAAUUCUAUCAUUUCGUUAGUAUAGCUAGUUUAUAUCGUUUUUUCUUUGUUCUCUUCUCUUUGGCCAAGAGGUUAAUGCGCCCAGCGCCGAUGAACACUCAUGUAUAAUCAGUUGUCUAUGCGAGUAACGAAGAAUGAGUGAGUUUCCGUGAUUAACGAUGUCCCAGUUAUGUUAGAAAUACCUACGAUUAUUACAUUUCGUUUUCAUAUAGAGGUACAGCCUUGUACAAACAAGUGAAUGAGUGCAUGGGAGCACGAUGAGCAAUAGAUUUUUGUGUCGAGUGUAAAGUAAAGAAAAGAAUUUAUUUUAUCUUAAUGCAUGUGAUGUGUGUAUGAGUGUGCGUGCGUGCGUGUAUGCGGACGUGUGGGCGUAUGCGAACUCGUAAGUGCUCGGAGAGCAUUUGCUGUAUACCGGAAUGUGUGAGUGAGAGUUAUGUGCGUUUAUGCGUCAUAUCGAACUGAUAUAUGCACGUAGUAACGAAGCAUCAAUAAUUCAGCAAAGAGGGUCACUAUGUUACUUAAAAGCCCAGCUAGUCAUUUAAUAAGUUUGAUGUUUUUCUUUUUUUCUUUGUCAAUUUGAGGGCAACACGUUACAUUACAGAGACUGACUAGUAAAACAAUCGCGUAAGCGUUUCGUUUAUUCUUGUUUGAAGAGAGAGACAAGUCAGUGACCUUCUUCGCUGAAUCGCCAAAGUGAGGCUAUAAGUUGACGAAAACGAGCGAAAAAAAGCCAGAAAGAAUUGAAAUUUGUAAACAUGAAGUAAAGUGCGUGCGCAUGAAAAUUUCAUGAUUACCAAACUUUGUACACAGGCACUGUCACGAAGACACAAAGCAAGCAAAAGAAAAUAAGCAGAAGACGCAUUAAAUUAUUUGACAUUCUUAAAA